ACACAAAUAAUAAAAGAAAAAAAUACAAAGAAGAAGAGGAGGAGAAAUAUGGGUUUCACUGAGAAGCAAGAAGCUUUAGUUAAUAGCUCAUGGGAAUUAUUUAAACAGAAUCCUAGUUAUAGUGUUUUGUUCUACACCAUUAUAUUGAAAAAAGCACCCGCAGCAAAAGGAAUGUUCUCAUUUCUUAAGGAUUCGGCUGAAGUAGUGGAUAGUCCUAAACUUCAAGCCCAUGCUGAAAAAGUUUUUGGAAUGGUGCAUGACUCAGCUAUUCAACUUCGAGCAUCAGGAGAAGUAGUUGUAGGGGAUGCAACAUUGGGUGCCAUUCACAUUCAGAAGGGAGUUGUUGAUCCUCAUUUUGUGGUGGUCAAAGAAGCUUUGCUAGAAACCAUAAAAGAAGCAUCAGGAGAAAAAUGGAGCGAAGAAUUGAGUACUGCUUGGGAAGUUGCCUAUGAAGGAUUAGCAUCCGCAAUUAAGAAGGCAAUGAAUUAAACAUGAUAUGAUUUAUAUUUAUAAAUAAAUUUAAGAAAUAAGACUUGUAUAACUAAAUCUUGUUAAACAAGUUUAUAUAAUAAAUAUUAUUCAAACUA